AUGGCGAUGAUGCCGACGCUGCGGCGCCGUGCGGUGUGCGCCCUGGCGCUCCUGGCGCUGCUCUGCGGCUUAUGCUGCUGCGCCUCCGUCGGCGACACGGCGGCGACUGCGACUGAGGCGACGGUGGAAGUGUCGUGUUCGAACACCGACAAGAAGUUAAGUUGGCGCUUUCCCGGCGAGGCUACUUGGACACCGUGCAGGAGUUUUGAGAUGGGGGAACGAAACGUUCACUGUUGGCAUUUGUGCAGGGACGCCGAAGAGCAGUUCGAGGAGUGGCGGUGUGCCACGGCGUGUGCUGGAGCCAACGAGAGCGCUGUUGCGUUCACGAUGAAAUAUUCUCUUUUUGAAGGAGAGCGCGGGUUUUGCAGGGAAUUGCCGACGUCAAGCACUACCGCCGCCGCCGCCGCUGAGAAGCCAGACAUUUGCCGGCGACCGUCCGCGGGGCCGGUGUUGCCGGAAGUCACCGCCGCCGGAAAACCUCCUGGCGGCGGCGGAGCGCAGCCGCCAGCGGCAUCUGCAGCGGGCACCCCGGCGGCCGAAGGUGCGGGCAGCGCUGAACACCGCGCAGACGCAGCCGCCACUGUCGAGACGCCCGGA